CAUUGUUCUGUGGUCAUGGCGUUUACUAUACUGUUUACAAACGGACCGUCUGAAUUUCUCCGUUAUCAUACAUUUCCAAUGUGUACCGAUAUCGAAUUUUCUCAUGGUUGUGCCGUGUAAAAGGAUAUUUGUUGUCUCCGUCUUACAAGUAUCUAAAAUGGCGCCAUUUACACGGGUACAGGUUGAAAAAUGUGAGAAGUGUUUGGUUUAUUAUCCUAGUAAAACUAUUCAUCAAUGUAUGCCUGUGGCUAUUGCUGAUGAGGAUCCUAGAACAAGAGAAGUACUGCUAUUAUCAGGUGAUGAUGAUGAUGAUGAUGAUGGAGAUAAUAAAGUAAAUGAUUUCAAUUCAACUUCGAGUUUAAUAAGUGCUAUUAAGGUUCGUCGUCCAUUGUUUGAUAAUAGAAUGCCGUUAUCCGAAAGGUCUGAAUUAGUUAAAAACAAACUAUGGAAUGAAGUAUAUACUGAACUACAAGGUGAGUUUACUAUUGAAGAAUUAAAAAAAAAAUGGAAAUAUCUAAAAGAGAAAUAUGUACGUGUAAGACAACAACAAACAAGAAGUGGAAUAAAUAAAAGAGAUAGUAGAAGAAAAUGGUUGCAUUAUGCUCAACUGUCAUUCAUGGAAGAAUUUGUAAAACAAUAUCAUGACAAAAAGACUACCAGUAUUUUAGAUUCAAAUUUAGACAACUAUUCUGACGACUCUCCUCAAAGUUUAACUACUGCUAAAGAGCAAAAAAGAAAAGAAAAAAAUGACCAUAACUUCCGAAGACACUUGCCAAGUGAGCAUAAAAUUCCAAUGCCUGCAGAACUAAAUGAGGAUCCACUUGAUCCUGAUGUCGCUUUUGGAAACUACUUAGUAGCAUUAAUGAAAGAUUUACCUAAAAAAAAGAGAAAAAAGUUCCAAUGUCAGUUUAUAGCAUAUGUUAUAGCUGCUCAGGAAUCAGAGUGAUACACUAUCAUUACAAUUUUAUAUCAUAAUAAUGGAUGGACUAAUAACAUAUAAAUUAUUUUUAUUUGUGAAUUUUUGUGAAUUUUGUAUAAAUGAGUUAAGCAUUUUUUUUAUUAUUUAUUAUUAACCCUCAACAGCAAUAAGCAGCGUUGGGAUUUACAAAAACAUAUAUUUACGUUACAUAAGUUUACAUAUUAUGCGUAUACAUUGAUUAGUUUUGUAAUUUAUUUAUUAAUUUUGAGGAGAUGAAUUUGACUAUUGACUUAGCUGAACUUUGAUAGUUGCUAAGUGAUGCGGACAUACCUAAUAUUAUAUUCUAAAAAAUUAUCUUUUUCCUGUAUUCAUCAUAAUUUGUAGGUAUAACAUUCAGCUGUAAGUUUUUGUUUGAUACUCAUUAAUAUUUCUAGUUUAAACUUGAAA